AUGCCUUUUUAUCGGGAACCAAAACAAUUUACUCCAUUGUCUAUUUUAUCUGAUAAAAAAUCUGUUAAAAACUGUCUGCAUCACUCCAUAUUUACAUCAAGGCUUGAUAAGUACGUUGGCGAAUGGAAAAAUGACUUGAAACACGGCAAGGGAUUAUUUUUAACUAUAAGUGGUAAAUUAUACGAGGGAGAUUGGUAUAAUGGCUACAGACAUGGUUUUGGAACCUUAUGUUAUCGCCUGCCAAAUGGUACUUUUCGUUUGGAGUACCGCGGUGAUUGGGUCAGAGGUAAACCAGACGGUAUUGGCUGGUGCUAUUACAGAAACGGUGAUAUUUAUUUUGGGUUUUGGAGAAGAGGACAUCGACAUGGUUACGGAAAAAUGUGGUACAACAACAGUACUGUGUAUGUUGGAUACUGGUACAUGAAUGAUAGAGAAGGUUUAGGCAUGCUGGUGCAAGAUGAUGGUAACAGAUACGAAGGACAAUGGAAAAGUGAUAAAAGAAAUGGCAUCGGUCGGUUCUACCACAUGAAUACUGGCCAGCUGCAAGAGGGUUGCUGGCGCAACGAUGUCUGCGUCAAGUCCAAGAUGUUGGAUAUUGAUGUGCGACAAUUUUGUGUCAGACCCACGCAAUAUCCUAUACCUCAGGAAGGCUUACAAAAUUCACGUAAAAUUCUCCAAGAAAGUGAGCUUUGGCUGAGUAUGAAAAUUGGGAACAUUGAUGAGCAAUUAAAAAACUGCCUUGAUUAA